GUUGUUUCGUUGCUGUCACCUAUCAAGCGAUUUGUUUACAAAAUUCGGCAAACGCUUUGCAAAAAGUAUCUGAAAAAUUAUAACACAAAUAAUUUAUUACAGUGAUAAAGAAUAGUCAGAUUAUUUCUGGCCAAUUGGUUUGGCCAAUAAAUUUUAUGCAUUAAACUGCACAUACAACAGUUAUCGAUUGAAUCUGCAUCGUUUGCAUGCUUGUUCUGCAAACAUUCUGAAACAAGUAGCACAAUAGUACUUACAAUACUCUGUAAUCACUUAUAAGAAGUCCUUAAGAAUGCCUACGCAAAAGAAGAAAGUGAAAAAACCGAACGAAAGCAAUGAGGCCAAACCAGCCGUCGACAUAAAGCAGGAACCGGAAGAGCUAAAACCACUGAGUGCGUACGUUGAAGACCGACUGGAGCUCAUACGGCAGGUAUUUUCUUGCGUAAAGCCGAAAGAAAUCAAGUAUCUGCUUCCGGACUUCCUGGAGGGUAAAUCAAACGACGUUAUAAAAGAACGUUGCUUAGACGAACUGCUCGGUAUCUCCACCAAGCGGCUACACUCAAUCAUCAAUAAUACAAAAUGUCCCACGGACACGGAAUCAUCAUCCGAAGGGUCAGAUGUGGAAAAAAUUGAAGAGCACAUUUCUUUGGACGAAAUAUCUUCCGAUUCAGAUGUUGAUUCAAAGCGUGUGUCUAAGCGGAGUAAAAAAGCUGAUACCAGCAAACCGACCGAUGAAAGGAAUGGUGAACCAAAAUCGGAAAAGGAGAUGACCGUGCUGGAGCUACUCGAACUGCAAGCUCGUGCUCGUGCAAUCCGUUCGCAGCUUGCCUUGGAGCCAGUAACCAAAAUAGAAAUCGAAUCCGAGCAUGAAGCCGAAGAUGGUCGCCAUGGUGACGUUGACACUGACGACGAGACAAAGCAGCCAGCGAAAAUGCGCAUCGUUUCAAAAUCAUCCGAAUCGGCGAAAAAUGGCAAUCAUUUGAAGAAUGAAAACAGUGCCCAGCAGCAGACGAAGCGUGUGCGCUUGAAACGAAACUUCCGCUUACGGAAGGUUGGCGAUGAGGAUGAUGAUGAGCAGGAGGUGUCCAGCAAUCCGCCCGAUAAUGGACGGGAAAAAUCCACCGAACAAGCGGUCGAGGAUGUAGAACCGGAGGCAACAGUACCGGAACAAACUGCAGAGGAAGCAAAGCCGGUUGAAACAGUGAAGUUAGACGAGGCAGAAAAACCAUCCGAAGAAAGGGAAGGUUUACCGGUAGAAGAAGCAGUCGAAAGUAAUAUAUCGGAAGCAAACGACGUUGUCGCAUCAGCAAACGUUCCGGACAGUAGUGAUGCAAUUGAAGAGAAAAAUGUUGCCGACUCCGCUAGCCUUCAUCCGGAUGACGAUGAAAAGCGUGAAAGCUCUCCGGAAGUUAUACCCGUGGAAGCAAGCCCGGAAACGUUGUGCAUAUCGUCCGAUUCGGAGGAAGAGCGCCUAGCCAAGGAACGUGCAUCGAUUUUCGUACCCAACAUCGAGGAAUUGGAUCGUCAGGCAAAAAAACUGCCAACACCAGAACCGGAAAAGCCAGCUGAAGAUACGGAACCGGAGGAAGGUGAAAUUUCGGAAGAGGAACAAGUACCAGCACCGGCGGAACCUGUUGCUGAACAACAGCAAACCGACCCACCGGAGCAAACUGAAAAAUCGGAAGAAACAAUACGACCAGACAUGGAUCCAACCGAAACUGCUGAAGGUGGGCAAGAAGAUGUAGAAAUUGACCACCAACCCGUAGCACAAGGCAAUGUGUUAGAAACGGAAACGAAAGAAAAAGACAAAGAUGCACAACAGACAGAAAUACACACACUCUCCUCAAACAGUGAUGAAUCUGAUGGAUCUAGCAGUGGAAGUUCAUCCGAUAGCUCCACGGAAGCGGAAGAUGAAGAAGCCAAAGGUGAGCCAACAAAGUUAGACAACUCCGCUCACGACGAUGAGGACAUUGUGGAGAUACACGAUUCUGGUGAUGAAACACUGCUACUCGAAGAUAAGCCACCAGAGGAGGAAGCCAAGUCUUGGAAUUCGCGCUGGUUGGAGAGUAGCCGCGUUGCUAAGGUAAUGGCCGCAUCCCGUCUUGGUAAUAAGGUGCGCGAAAAGUUGAAGAAAAAGAAACAAAUACAACUUGCAGCUGAACAGCAGCAACAACAACAACAGCAGCAGCAAGAACCGGUAGUGGAUAGUCCCGAGGUUUCACAACCAUCGCCGAAGACGGGCGAUGCCGCUGUUGGCGAAUUGCCUUCGAAUAUAGAGCUCGGUUCUGUAGAGCAUUACCGCGAGCUGGUUGCACAGCAAGAAAGCAAGCAAGACUAAAAGCUAUGCCCAGGACAGUAAAUGUAAUGAGUAACAUUUCGAAUUCAAAUAAAAUAAACACCACGUGGGCAACGUUUCUACAUACCAGAUUAAUACUUUAUUGCCUAUAAUUCAGAAUUUAUUAACAAAAUUGUUCGUUCGUCUAUUUAGGGGAGGGGGUGUAAAGGGACGUUAGGUUGCUACGAUGAAUGUUGCUCUGCAGCAACAGUGUGUGUUGGUACAUCUAAUCAGCAUUUACGGCCACAACAGGGACAUUCGUUUAUAAUUGCAUAAAUAAUAUGAUAUACGUAAUGUACUAUAGGAUAUAGCGAUAGGAUUAGCAAGGUUAGGGAAAAAAGACACACCAUACCCCCUUCGCUCAACACACUCGUUUGAUCGUUUAAUUGAUGUCGCGUGGCCACGUUACAGCAGCCG